CAACGUACAUAUACACUGUACAUGUAUGUCCUGUGUCUUUCCAGAUGGCAGCGUUCGGUUGGUGGAUGGAAGUUCUUCUUCUGAGGGGCGUGUUGAGGUCUCCUAUCAAGGUGCCUGGGGGACUGUCUGUGAUGACUUGUUUGAUAUCCAAGAUGCUACUGUCAUCUGUCGUCAGUUGGGCUUCCCAGGUGCAGUAAGAGCUGUGUCAGCUGCUGCUGAAUUCUCUGUUGGUGUCGGGCCCAUUUUACUUGAUAAUCUGGAAUGCACAGGACGUGAAAGUACACUGGCAGAUUGUACCCAUGCAGGAUGGACUGUCAAUAACUGUGGUCAUUCAGAAGACGCUGGAGUGGUCUGUUCUACAACAACUGCAGCUCCAGAGGUAUCAGGACUGCCAGAUGGUAGUGUUCGGUUGGUCGAUGGAAGCUCAACUUCUGAGGGACGUGUUGAAGUCUACUAUCAAGGUGACUGGGGGACUGUCUGUGAUGACUUGUUUGACAUCCAAGAUGCAACUGUCAUCUGUCAUCAACUUGGUUUCCCAUCUGCUGUUCGAGCCGUGUCAGCUGCUGCUGAAUUCUCUGUUGGUGCUGGACCCAUUUUACUUGAUAAUGUGGAAUGCACAGGACAUGAAAGUACACUGGCAGAUUGUACCCAUGCAGGAUGGACUGUCAAUAACUGUGGUCAUUCAGAAGAUGCUGGAGUGGUCUGUUCUACAACAACUGUAGGUCCAGAAGUUUCAGGACCACCAGAUGGCAGUGUUCGUUUAGUUGAUGGAAGCUCAUCUUCUGAGGGACGUGUUGAGGUCUACUAUCAAGGUGACUGGGGCACUGUCUGUGAUGACGUUUGGGAUAUCAGCGAUGCCAUUGUUGUCUGUCGUCAGUUGGGCUUCCCAGGUGCAGUAAGAGCUGUGUCAGCUGCUGCUGAAUUCUCUGUUGGUGAUGGGCCCAUUUUACUUGAUAACGUGGAAUGCACAGGAGACGAAAAUACACUGGCAGAUUGUUCCCAUGGAGGAUGGACUGUUCAUAACUGUGGUCAUUCAGAAGAUGCUGGAGUGGUGUGCUCAACUACAACUUCAGGCCCAGAGGUGUCUUGGAUGCCAGAUGGUACUGUUCGAUUGGCUGGUGGCACAUCAUCAGCUAAAGGCCGGGUUGAAAUUUAUUUCAACGGUGAAUGGGGAACAGUUUGUGAUGAUGGCUGGGACCUUGCAGAUGGUAACGUUGUCUGUCAUCAGCUUGGCUUUAGUUCAGCUGUAUUUGUGAGGUCGUUUGGCCCAGGAAGUGGGCCAAUAUUUCUAGAUGAGGUGUCCUGCUCAGCUGAUGACCAAACCCUGGCAGAGUGUGAUCACCAAGGUUUGGGGAUUCAUAACUGUAACCAUGAUGAGGACGCAGGUGUUGUCUGCGAGACACCAGUAUUUGUCGAUGUGCGACUUGUGGAUGGAAACACCGGAAAUGAAGGACGAUGGACUGUCAAUAACUGUGGCCACUCAGAAGAUGCAGGAGUCUUUUGUUUACCACAUUUAACUGAAGCCCCUGACAUAUUUGAAGAGGGUAGUGUUCGAUUGGCUGGUAGCACAUUGUCAUCUGAAGGCCGGGUUGAAAUCUAUCACAACGGCGCGUGGGGGACAGUUUGUGAUGAUGGCUGGGACCUUGCAGAUGGUAACGUUGUCUGUCGUCAGCUCGGCUUUAGUUCAGCUUCAUCUGUGAGGUCGUUUGGUCGAGGAAGUGGGCCAAUAUUUCUAGAUCAGGUGUCCUGCUCAGCUGAUGACCAAACCCUGGCAGAGUGUGAUCACCAAGGUUUCGGAAGUCAUAACUGUGACCAUGUUGAGGACGCAGGUGUUGUCUGUGAGAUAGCCUUUGUUGGGGAUGGAAGCGUGCGACUGCAAGGUAGUAGCUCUGCCCACCAGGGCCGUGUGGAGAUCUUCCACAGUGGUGUGUGGGGCACAGUCUGUGAUGACUCAUGGGAUAUCAACGAGGCCAUGGUAGUCUGUCAGCAGCUGGGUUACCUAUCUGCUGAGGCAGCACUGAACUCGCAAGAGGCCGGCUUUGGAAUGGGCGAGGGACAGAUACUUCUGGACGAGGUGGAGUGCUCUGGUGAAGAGAACACCUUGUAUGAGUGUAGCCACAAAGAGGACCACAACUGUGAACACUCAGAAGACGCUGCUGUCAUAUGCACAGUACUUACCACUGCGCCAAUGGUUACCACCACAUUACGCAGCACCACAUCACGCAGCAUUACUGCAGAUUUGCCUGUGGAGGAUAGUGCCUUGCGUCUGGCUGGAGGGACAUUACCCUCAAACGGGCGCCUGGAGGUUUACUACCAGGGCCAGUGGGGCACCGUCUGCGACGACAAGUGGGGUCUCCGGAAUGCUCAAGUGGUUUGCCGUCAGCUGGGCUAUGGCUCAGCUGAUCCAGUCCUCUACCAGUCCAAGUACCGCGGGGGGAAGGGCCCCAUCCUGUUGGAUGAGGUGAACUGCACUGGUGCUGAGUUGUCUCUUGUGAGUUGCCCAAGUAGCCACUGGAAACAGCAUGACUGUACCCAUGCUGAGGAUGUUGGGGUGGUGUGCCAGAGACCAGGUUCGGUGCGCCUCGUCAGCACUGGCGAUUUACCCAACACACUGGGACUACUUGAGAUGUUUGUGGAUGGGGCAUGGCUUCCAGUUUGUCGGCAGGGAUGGGAGAUGACCGUUGCCGAUUCAGUGUGCCGACAGCUUGGAUUCAACUCUGCCACAAACACUGAUGUCAGCAGGGUGGAUGGCAUUGAACAAGGGAAUAGUGUGGUUCAAAGGAUCUCCUGCACUGACUCUAAGGCUCAACUGAAGGACUGCAGAGUGGAUGUGACAAAGGGACACAGUUGCCAGGACGCUGGCGCAGAUGGCAAUGUAUUUGUGGAAUGCCUCAGACACAAAACAGAUGGUGAUGUCAGGCUGUCUGGCAGUGAGCCAUCAUUCAAGGGAGAAGUACAGAUCCGUCUAGAGGGAGUAUGGGGUGCCGUCUGUGACACAGACUGGCAACUGAGCGAUGGCGAGGUCGUCUGCAAUCAGCUGGGCUAUUACGGGGCCAAAUCAGUGUACCAGAGCAAAAUUCCACACGAUUUUGGAGAUGAGAACGGUGACAUACCCACAUUGAGGCAGCCUGUGUGCUCUGGGGAGGAGGCCCGCCUGGUGUCCUGUAGGAACAGUGGGUGGAGUUGCUCUGACAAGUGCCAGAAGGGACGAGUUGGUGUUGAGUGUAACCAGCGACGGGGCAAGUCAGCAUCAAACCCACAGCAGCCAGGUCUGGGAACUGUUCCCAUUGCGGUUAUCGCCGUGAUAGCCUCCUUAGUCCUACUCAUCAUUGUCAUCAUCCUCAUCGCUGCCGUCAUCAGGAGGACCAAGGCGAAGAGGAGCCAAAGCCACCACAUGGCCAUCCCCAUGCUUCCACCCUCGUUGCCUCCUCAUCAAGACCCGUCAGUCACCGCUGAUGGAGCAGACGGAAGUAAUCAUUACGCCUCCCUGGGUGGUGCCACGGCCAAUCCCAGCACCGGGAUGUGCAACCCGGUUUAUGAAACCUCACUUAAUUGGUCCCCACCUCUGAAGCCAGUUACGUUUGAGUUUCCCCCGGCUGAAGAAGAUGGAGGUGACCUAAAGAAGGGGAAAUAAGGACCACACCCUCAUUGUCUGGUUGAUAUCAUCCUCUUUUGUUUGUAUAAAUGAAUUAAUCUGAGGAGACACCAUUACUGCAAUGCCAUCACCUACAGGCAGACAUCCUCAAAGUUCAGUAAGCACACACUUUGUUAAGUUACAGCACCCUAUUGGUUGAAGAAUGCACUGGGUGUAUACCACCUGCAUGCAAACGCGGUGACACCACUUUAAUAGCAUCUAAUUCACCUGAAAUUAGUCUACAAAGCUACAGAGAGAAUGUGAAAUUUCAGUAGAAUGCAGGAAUAACACUGAGAUAAAACUACAGACAGUUAUUUUAGUAUGAUUAGCAUUUUAGCAUAUUAGCAUUUUUCUUUACAGCAAUUAUAUUUAGAGUAAAUUUAGUCCAAAUAUUUUCAAAUAACUUUAUUUUCAAUUUCAUUUGAUAUUCUAUAAGGUUUUUUGGUACUUCAGUGUUUUUAUACUCAUGCAAGCAUCCAUGUUAAUGAGCAAACUUGUGACAUUUUUCCAAGAAGAAAAGCAUUGUGCACUGACGUGUGCACAAAAACUGUUGUAUUUUUACACUUGUGUUUUGCUGUCCCGAGUUUCCCUUUACUCAUUGAUUCAUCUCUACAUCGGAAUAAGCUAGUGAGAUCCCUUUCUCAGAAAUGUUUUCAGUGAGGCAAUUUGGUUCAAUAUUGAACAAACAGCCUGUAAAAUGAGCAGUGUCUCCCCCAAGUGACAUCACGGCAAAACAGUGCCCUCUGUCAUCUAGAAAACUGACAUCAGAAAAGUUUAACAAUACUCUUUUUGAAUACACCUGACCCCAGUGGGGCGCCUUGUAGUAUCAUGCUUUGGAGAAGAGUAAAAAGAUGCUUAGGCAGUGUAUCUCAGGAACAUUCACUGCAUGGGUACUUUUAAAUAAUUAUUAGGUCUUAUUCACACUUUGCUGAAUGUGGAUGAUCACUUUUGUUUUGUUACAAGAUAGUAACAAAUAUCUUUUGGUUACAUAACAAGUAGAAGUCAUAAAAGUCUCAAAAUCGUUUAUCUUUAGCAUCUUGAGUAAUCUAAUGCAAUAUUUGGUUUUGAACUGUGAGAGAAAUUUACUAAUAUCAAUCUAAAAGCACAAGCAGUAUAUCUUUCUUAUAAUGUUAGUGUUGAAUACUCAGUGAUGCAAAAGUACUUAUGAAAAAUGUAAAGGCUUUCAAAUGUGUAUAUAUUGUUCCUCACUGGUAUACAGUGACUGGAUGUCAUUUAUGGUUUUAUAACUAGCAAUGGUUAUAGCAGUGUAUGCAUUACACAGUUUGCUUCCACAGUAUAAUGUCUUAAAAGCCAGGUUUUGGACAAGUUUUUCUUAUUAAAUUACAAUAAAAUUGUGUUUUUUAUCUUUAAAUGGGGUACUUUGGAUUGAAAGCAUAGAAUGGUUGAAUCUCCCCACAUUUGGUGUCUUUUGGUGAGUUCAGCCCCACCCCCAAGAAAGGGCAAGCAAGUUUAAAGACUAAUCAAAGCCUGAUUUAUAAAGUCAAUUUUUACUGGAAGAAUGCCUUAUGAGAGUCAAUAUAAACAAGCACAUUGAAGUUCAUGCAACGCUGUUUGCAGUUGUAUACAAGUCUGCAUUUAUAUCAGAGCUUGAUGUCAACCCUUUUCUGAACUGAAGAUUCGUGUUUAGGCUGCACCCUUGGCUACUCAUCCGACUGAUGUUAUGGCACAAGAGAAAUGAAGCCAAAUUCAAUUGAAUACCGAAGUUCAUAAACGUCAUAUGGAAAUCAAUAUGUUUAGACCUUUCUUAGGUUUCAAAGAUUGCGAGGCAUCAAGAUUUCAGUGUUCUCCCAGGAGUACUCUUGUACAUUGACAACCAGAAGGAGUGGGCCAUUGUGGCACAGAUUUUCUCUGAUAAUUUUGACAGCACCCACAGCCUGGAAAGUCAUUCAAAAAUCAUGCCUUGUUUUCAUUUUCCAGGCCUGGAAAAGUCAUGAAAGUUUUGAUAAAGUGACCAAAGUCAUGGAAAAGUCAUGGAAUUUGGCAAACACUGUGAUUUUUGUUAUCAGAAAUAAGUUCAUAAAAUGUGUGAUUAUAUUCACAACUUUUAAAGUCUGAAAAGCCCAAGAAAUUGUGUUAUUGGGUCAUGGAUUUUUAUAAUUUGGUCCUGGAAAAGUCAUGGAAUUUAAUUGUCCUUUAGCUGCAGGAACCCUGAUUUGAGAUUAAUUUGGGGAUUUUUUUAUCAUUUGUGCUUUUCUGUGUGCAGUAGGAAAAGUAUAUGUAUAAGCCUUAAAAUCCCCUUCAGGGGCCACUUGGAUUGAAAAUUAUCUUGAACAAAUCCUGAACCAUGCAUUUUCUCAAAAACCUGACUUGUUCUGUAUGCUAGGACUGGACAUUUAGGUUACACUGUUACAAUAUAAAAAGAAACCAUAAGAUACUGUAAAUUUUGAACUCCCAGAUUUUUUUCAAGCCAUUUCAUUCAGCUUCUGCAAGAAUGAUGUAGUGCUGUUCAUUAACUUUAGCUUUUUAAACCUGAGCAUAAACUUGCAGUUAUGUCAUAGGUAAUUAAAAUUAAUAAAGCUCCGCGAGCGCUAUGUAAUACAA